AUGUCGGAUAUUAUAACACUUAAUGUUGGAGGAACAAUCUUUAAGACAACGCGAAAAACUCUUCUGAAUUUUCCAUCGACUCGUUUAGGAAAAUUUGCCUCGGGAGUCCAUAAUCUGGAUACUUCAUCUUUCGAUAGAAAUCACAUCAUUUUCUCAAAUGUUCUGGAUUUCUACAGACAAGGCGAGCUUCAUCUGCCCACAAGCAUGUGUGCUGCUGUUAUAAUCAAGGAGUUAGAGUACUGGGAAAUAGAUCAGAGUCAUAUUUCUGAAUGCUGUCUGAAAAUGCUUACGGAAUACGAGGAGAGUCUGCAGAAACGAAUAGAACUGAAGAAGAGUUUAGAUGACUCAGAAUUUGAUUACACGUCUAAGGAAUUAGAGCACAACAAAGUCAAUCAAGUCCUCAGACACAUCUGGCUGUUUUUAGACCGUCCUAAUUCAUCCAAAUAUGCAUUUAUGUACAGUCUUUUGUUCAUGCUAAUAACAGUGUUAUCCGUAGCGUUGUUCUGCAUGGAUACCCAUCCCUAUUUUAGAGACCAGUACCAGACCUUGGAUGAAAUUCGAUCACUUAUGAAUUUCACGGAUCUGUUCGAUGAUGUUAAUUUUGAUAACCCAAAAGAGAUUGUAUUUGUCACUACAAUUACUAAUCCCGGAGUAUACAACCUACAGAUUGCUUGCUUGGCGUUUUUUACGCUUGACCUUAUAAUUCACUUUGGCUCAUGUCCUGCAAAGAGAAAGUUUUUUCGGUCGCCACUCAAUUUCUUAGACGGGUUUUUGGUCUUCUCUAUGUGGACAACAACUAUCAUGGAAUUUGAAGAAAUAUGGAGCGCUGGGAGAAUAGCGGGCUUCUUCUAUAUUGUGUUUAAGCUGUGUUCUGUUUUCCGUAUGUUUCGACUUCUACGGUUAAUUCGUCAACACAAUGGUCUCAACAUGCUAUUCAUGGCAAUAAGAAGUAGUAAAUGGGAAAUCGGACUUUUACUUGUGGCUUUCUUGAUUUUCUCAACGUUUUUUGCGGGAUUUGUUUAUUAUGCAGAGUACAAAGAACCAACUACAUUUCCAAACGUUUUUGAUAGCAUAUGGUGGGCUAUCAUUACCAUGACAACCGUAGGGUAUGGUGAUGCAUAUCCUAAGAGCGUUGGUGGGAGAAUUGUGGGUACGUUUUGUGCUCUUUCGGGUGUCUUGAUAAUUGCAAUGCCGAUUGCUAUUAUUGCGUCUACGUUUAGCGAUUUUAAUGAUAAAAAUAAGGUACGGUUGAAGGUUCAAUCGUUUAAGACGCGCAAAAACAAGAUCGAUGUGUGUGAAAUGAAAAAUGAAACGAGGGAAAGUUCAUCGUUACAUUCAAGGUUUUAA